AUGACUUCCUCUUUCACUCACCUCCUCACAAGUAACAUGAACAACAUGGACAGCAAUAUUGACCAGGAAAGAACUAAUUGGGGACUUUCAGACUAUUCUUCAGACCGUUUAAUGGACAGAAAUGGCAUUGAAAUCCCAAAAUUCAAGUCACUUCAGCCCCCUUCUCUGCCUAUGUCUCCUCCUCCUGUUUCCCCUUCUUCGUACUUAGCUUCCACACCAGCUUUUAGCCCAACUGAUUUUUUCAGCUCACCCAUGUUCCUAUCUUCCUCUAAUACUCUUCAAUCUCCAACAAGUGGAGCCUUCUCUAGUCAAAUCUUUGACUGGAUGAGUAAUUCUAAAGAAACCCAGCAAGGAAUGGAGAGGGAACAGAAAAUGUUCUCUGAAUUCUCUUUCCAACCAGAAACAAGGCCUGCUGCAACAUCAUCCUCAUCCUUUAACAUUCAAGCUUCUUCAAACAUGGCUUCAGUGGAAGAAUCGUUGAAAACAGGACAGAAACCAUGGGAUUUCAACAGAAUCUCAAGGCAAGCUGAUUCUUUAAAAGAGAAGACAGGAGUUAAGUCUGAAUUUGAGCCACUACAGAUCAUCUUGCCAGAGAUUGGCACAAACCAAACAAAUAUGCAGAGCAAUGGACCUAGUGGGGCUCCUAAGCCUGAUUCAAUACAUUGCACGCAAUCGUCUCAAUUUGUCAGAGAACAAAAAUCAGAUGAUGGGUUCAAUUGGAGAAAAUAUGGGCAGAAACAAGUGAAGGGCAGCGAAAAUCCGCGGAGUUAUUACAAGUGCACAUAUCCGAAUUGCCCAACAAAGAAAAGGUUGAGAGAUCAUUGGAUGGACAUAUCACUCAAAUUGUAUACAAGGGAAGUCACAACCAUCCCAAGCCUCAGUCUACAAGAAGAUCAACCUCUCAGUCAAUUCAGGGUUCUUCAUAUGGCAUUUCUGAUCAAUCUGUGCCAACAAUAUCCAAUCCGAAAAUCGAAUCUGUCACGAUGCAGGAGGACUCUUCAGCCUCAAUUGGAGAGGAUGAGUUGA